AAGGUAUUAAUCAAUCAAUUAAUAAUGGCUGGAGAUCCAAUCAAUGACCCCAAGAUGGGAGGCAGUGGUCCAGGACAGGCCCAGAACCGGGCCCCAGCUCAACAGCAUCCAGGGAUGGCCCGUGGCCCUGUGCCACGACCAGUUGGUACAAACAAUUCUUCAGGAUUACCAAAUUCUACAAAUAUACCAAAUUCAAAUGUGCCAGGAGGUAUGGGUGGUCCAAGCGGUGGUGCACCAACUAGUGGUGCACCUGCUCCUGGCGGUGUUGGUGGUGCCCCUGGUGGACCUUCCACUGGAGCACCCCCUGGAGGAGCCAAACCAGCACAACCUCAAUUUUCUCAAGCAGAUCUUAAUAGAAUUGUUUUGGAAUAUCUUAAUAAAAAGGGUUAUCAUCGUACAGAGUCGAUGCUUAGAUUGGAAAGUUCCAACACUGCCACGCCUCCAGUACCCAACGUAACUCCAGGAAAUUCAUCGUUAGCAAAUCCAAUGGAAAUAUCUCGUAGAGAAAAGGAACUUCGUGAUAAGGCCCUGAGAAAUGAAAGAGAAUUACGUGAUCUUCGUGAUAAACAAAUGAGAAUUGAAAGAGAAUUACGUGAUCUGAGAGAUCGUGAAUUCCGUCUUGCCAAGGAAAAGGAACUUCGUGAAUUAAAAGAAUAUGAAGAAAAGAAAAAACGUGAAAGUAAUCCAGAAACUUACCUUCAAGCAUACUCCAUGCUUCGUAGUUGGGUGGCUACUUCCUUGGAUUUGUAUAAGCCAGAAUUGAGUAGAAUCUUGUAUCCAAUAUUCAUUCAUUGUUAUUUGGAAUUGAUUUCUAAAGGCUUUGUUGCUGAUGCUAAAAAGUUUUUAGAUAAAUUUAAAGAUGAUCAUAUGAUGUUACAUGGAGGAGAAGUGAAUCGAUUAUCUGGGAUUAGUACCAUAGAUCAUUUGAAAGAAAACAAGUUGGCUCAAGCAUUUAGAACCAACAAGUAUAAAAUCAUUGUUUCUAAAACAACCAUCAAUUUAUUAUUGUUCUUUCUUCAUGAAAAUGAAACUGUUGGGGGUGCAGUUCUCAUCAGAAUCAUUAACCAAUAUUUAAACCCAGUGAUUGCCAGUACUAAACCUGACAAAAAGGAUCUUGAAGGAGAAUUAAAUCCAGAAGAAGGAAUUCCAGGAUUAUAUAUUUCCAAUGAAAUUGAUAAAUUUAAUGAUCAACCAGUGAAAUUAGGUAAAUUACCAUUAGAUCCAGAAGUUGAAAAGGAAAUUGAAGCGGAAUUGAAAGUUAAAGAUGAAAGAAUUGAUAAAGUUGAUGGGAAAAGUUUAUUGGAUGAAUUUAAAGAAAUGAAUGAAAAUGAAGAAGGUGAAGAAUCUCCAGGAAGAGAUGCCCUUCCAUUACCCAUCAAGGAUUAUACUGAUAUAAAGAGAAUGAUUUUGGGUGUAGAGGAUUCUAGAAGUAAAAUACGAUUGGGAAGUGGAGGUGUUGGUGGUAGUUCACUGAUUCAAGCAUCUGCUCCAUCUGUCUGCAUGUAUACCUUCCAUAACACCAAUAACGAUAUGACAUGUGUUUCAUUCAACCAAGAUUCGGACUUGGUCGCUGCUGGGUUCCAGGAUUCUUUCAUUAAACUUUGGAGUUUAGAUGGGAAACCAUUGAAAUCCGUAUUUAAACGUGAUCCUGAAAAUAAUGAAAAUUGUCGUAAAUUAAUUGGUCAUAGUGGUCCAGUGUAUGGGGUUUCAUUCAGUCCAGAUAAUAGAUUUCUUAUUUCUGGGUCUGAAGAUAAAACUGUUCGUCUUUGGUCAUUGGAUUCAUACACUGCACUUGUUUCAUAUAAGGGACAUAAUCAACCGAUUUGGGAUGUUAAAUUUUCUCCUAUGGGUCAUUAUUUUGCCACUGCUUCACAUGAUCAAACCGCCCGACUUUGGGCUACUGAUCAUAUCUAUCCAUUAAGAAUCUUUGCUGGACAUAUUAACGAUGUGGAUUGUGUGGAAUUCCAUCCAAAUUCAAAUUAUGUGUUCACUGGAUCUUCUGAUAAGACUUGUAGAAUGUGGGAUGUUUCCCAAGGGAAUUCCGUGAGAAUCUUUUUAGGACAUACUGGACCGGUUAAUUGUAUGGCUGUAUCACCUGAUGGACGUUGGUUGGCACUGGCGGGUGAAGAUAGUGUUGUCAAUGUGUGGGAUGUUGGAUCUGGACGGAAAUUGAAGACAAUGAGAGGUCAUGGACGUUCAUCUAUUUAUUCUCUCGCAUUCAGUAAAGAUGGUGGAGUAUUGGUUAGUAGUGGUGCGGACAAUACUGUCAGAGUUUGGGAUAUUAAACGUAAUACAAAUGAAUGUGGACCUGAACCAGAACCUUUUAAUAAGGAAGCCACUUCAAAUAAUAACGAGAAAACUGAAACAACUAAUGUCAAGGGAAAUAGAAAGGAAAUCUUGGCUACUAAUGACCACAUGACCGCAUAUUUUACAAAGAAGACUCCUGUUUUCAAUGUUCAUUUUACAAGACGUAAUUUAUGUUUUGCAGCUGGGACCUUUUUAGGUUAGAAUCUACAAGAUAGUCAGUCAGGAUUGUAAUCUGGUACAUUUCUUCAUGAGGGAAGAACAUAUAUAGACCUUACUCUCCCAAUGGCCCAAGUAUAGCCUUGAAGCUCAUUUCUUUCCCUUUAGAGGCGGGUGUGUUUGAGAGAGAGAUAUAUUUGAAACUAGGUCUCAGCCGCCUGAAACAACAUUGUUGUUUAAAUUUCACAUGACAUGUCCGAAUCGGAAUUAAACUGUGGUGGACCAGCUACUUUUUCUCCACCGGGAUCGGGGUGUGUGGAUUCAAAUUGAGGGAAUUCUAUGGUGGCUAUCACUAAUCGGUAAAUUCAUACAUAAAUAAUAUACAUAUACGGACUAAUCAACGUAAAUUCAUG